CUCCUCUUCGUCCAUGCAACUCUCCUUCUCUCUCUCUCUCUCUCUCUCUAUUGUUCUUUCUCUCUCUGAAAAACAGCUCUCUUUAUAAACUGCUAUAUUUAUCCGUUUCUUCGUUUCUCUUUAUUAACCUUGCUCCGGUUAACUCGCCGGUAAUUCGGCAGAGUCAUUCACCAUGACUCGACGGUGCUCGCAUUGCAGCAACAACGGCCACAACUCCCGUACCUGUCCCACGCGCUCAUCUGGCGCGUCAUCUACGUCGGCCUCUUCUGCCGCCGGAGUCAGGCUCUUCGGUGUGAGGCUCACCGAUGGCUCCAUUAUCAAGAAGAGUGCCAGUAUGGGUAACUUGUCGGCGCACUACCAUUCGUCAUCAUCAGCCGCUGCUUCACCCAAUCCCGACUCUCCCUUAUCGGAUCAUGUCCGCGAUUCAGGCAACGUUCCGGACGGGUAUUUGUCUGAUGAUCCGGCCCAUGCUAGCUGCUCCGCCAAUCGACGCGGAGAGAGAAAGAAAGGUGUCCCCUGGACAGAAGAGGAGCAUCGUCUAUUCUUAGUUGGUCUUCAGAAACUGGGGAAAGGAGAUUGGCGUGGAAUAGCUCGAAAUUUUGUGGUGUCUAGAACCCCUACCCAGGUAGCAAGCCAUGCUCAGAAGUAUUUUAUCCGCCAGAGCAAUGCCACACGAAGAAAGAGGCGCUCCAGCCUUUUUGACAUGGUUCCAGACAUGGCAACUGAACCCCAGACAGUUCCAGAAGAACAUGAGUUGCCAUCUUUUCAGUCAGGAGAAAUGGAUAAUGCAGAUGCGCUGCCUUCACUGAACCUCUCCCUGAGGCCAGAAUAUGUACCCAUGGACACAGCAUCUGAAGAACAAGUGAAAGAACAUGAUGAAACAGUGAUAGAUUCCAGUGAAUCCAAACAAACUGUUCCAAAAUCAAGUGAAUUCAGUCCAAUUGUCCCUCAGUUAAGUGAAUUCCCACAAUUUGUUCCUGGAUUCUAUCCAGCUUAUGUGCCAAUCCCUUAUCCCUUUUGGCCUGCAAAUACUGCCCCUCUUCAAGAAGUAAAGGGCGUGGAGACAUCAAAUCAUGAGGUCCUAAAGCCAGUUCCAAUCUUUCCCAAGGAGCCUGUUAAUGUAGAUGAACUGGUUGGCAUGUCUCACCUCAGUAUAGGAGAGACCGAGAGAGGCCAAAGAGAGCCUUCGCCACUCUCCCUGAAAUUAAUAGGUGAGCCAUCGAGGCAGUCAGCAUUUCAAGCCAAUGCUUCGGCAGUGGGUUAGAGUCAAGCCAGGGCAAGGGCAGUCCUAUACAAGCAGUUUGACAUGGAGAAAAGAAGCUGUAUUUUAGCUUUUGAUUAGUUUAGCGCCUCCCUUCCCCCUGUAGAAUCUUUGUUUUACCAUUUGAUAGUGCCAAGCUUUUUCUAUUUCUUAUAACGUAGGGUGACAUUGAUUUGGUUUGAAAUAUUUAUUCUUUCUAACUGUAAUCAGCUAGAAAUAUAAAUAAAUGAAGGGGGCGUGGCGCCAAAUUGCAAA